AGAUUGGGUUUUUGUGUCUCAUCUGUUUUGUUGCACACCCCCGCCCCCAGUCGAAUGAAGGUUUUGGCAGGGUCCCUGUGGUGAUCCAAAGCCUGCCCCUUCAAACAUCGCCCCCCUCCCCCCAGGCCUGCAGGGUGGCUGCUGCAGCAGGCUGGCUUCUGACAAAUGACCGCGUUUGGCUGAAUGUCUCAGCUAAAGGUCAGAUCUUCCUGAAGUCAGCUUCGAGUCUUAUCAGCUUCUGGCAGGAGCUGGGUGCUGAUUUCUGACGUCUUUGGAAAGGAUGGAUCCACAAAGGGUGUCAGAUGUUCUGCUCCAGGGCGACGAUUUCGACGCCUGACAAGCUCAUUUCCGUGUCUGCGGGUAAGAGCCGUCAAGCCGCGUCGUCCUAUGGCAGGAAACUACAGCACGUAGACCGCACGAAGCGGAGAGGCGGACACUUCAUUCACCUUUUUCUUGGACCGAUCAUGGCCACUCGAAGGCGAGAUGGACUAAACGAUCGGUCCGUGCGGUUAGCCGACGGUGCGGAGCCGGAUGGGAGCCGGCAGCCGGCACCGUGCGGCGGUGCUGGAGACGUAAAGGAGCCCGUAGGAGCGCUGCCACCCUGGAUGCGGUUGUAUUUUUACGGGAUGCACGGAGUCACGCUGGACGUCAUCCUGUCAUCGGCGCGCACUUUCCUGAAGGACAAUGAUUUCAGACUGCUGGGCUUCUCCUCGCCUUACUUCUGUGUCCUGCACUCCAUAACGCAUUUCGCGCUUGAGAAAGUAUAUGCACAGAAAAGCAGCUUUCGGAGAAGCCCUCUCGUUUUCCACUGUAUCUUCUACCCCUCGGUGUACAUUGGACUGCAGAUUUUAAUAGGGAAUCCGACUGCGCAUACGGAUAGCUUGUCGGCGACGCAGAUUGCUAUUCAGUACAUCAUCGCACUAUAUUAUUCUAAGGUAUUUUACAGGACGAUCACACGCCUCCAGUACCACCCCCCCGGGCAUGGUGCGCUGACAGAGAAGCGGGACUCUGAGCAGGGGUUGCCUGGCGCCCUGCGCUUCGCCUUCUUCGGCAUGCACGGCUUUCUGGAUGAGGUGCUGUUCACCUCCAUGUGCAACCUGAUGGAGAGACCGGAGCGGAGCGUGGGCGGCCACACGUCGCUGUGGUCCUUUCUGAUCUACGGCAGCUGCGGCGUGGUGGUGGAGCAGCUCUACGUGCACCUCCACCUGGAGCGCGGGUGGAGCGCGCGGAGGAGGCUCCCAGUCUACGUCUUCGUCAUCUACUCCUGGGAGCUGUGCUGGGGACUGGCGCUGCGCCACUACGGCGCCUGCUCCUGGGACUACACGCACUACCCGCUCAACUUCAUGGGGCUCAUCACCUUACUCUACCUGCCCGGCUGGAUCUUCCUCAGUCUCUACCAGGACGUUCUGUCCAACGUCUUGAUGCGUGUGGGGUUGUGUGCCAAAGAGGUGACGCCUGCAGGGACGGGUGUUAAGGAGAAACCAGCACAUGAUAUAGCCUAUUAAGUGAUGCUGUAAUAAUAUGAAACCAAUGUAGCUGUAAGCACAGCUCUAAAACACGUUUACGGUGUGUCUUCUAAUAAUUUGCAGACUUUAUACCAUACAGCCCGACGGUGCUUUUUAAAUUGAUAAUUCUGAAUAUUGCAUUUUCCAUUUUUGGACCCUCGAUAUGCUGUAAUUUUGGACACUGGACGCGUUCAGAUAGACCUAUGUGAUAGACCUCAAACGGUAGAUCACGGUAGCAUUAAAAGCGAUGUGCGGAUUUUUCUAAUCCCUAUGUCAAAGAUCCAUAGGCGUCUUGUAGCUAUAUAUAAAUAUCUCCCAGUGUCCUAACCAUAUGUAGCAAAAUAAACACAAUUGGUGCCAAAUUUCGUUUUUCUUGUCAUGCAGCUACAAAAAAAAAAAAAAAACUGGCUGGAGGUGAAGCCCUUGCUGUUCACCGCUUUUCUGAAACAAACGCAAUGUGCGUUAAUAAUAUGGAUACGAUACGCAUGACGGGCAGACCUUGCGGAGGUGGGCGCGCCGUUUGCUGGCGCCGGUUCCCGGGGCUCAGGGACAGGGCAGCAUGGAACCGUGCCACGGACCGUCCUUCGUGUUUACCGGCGUGCUUUUCGCGCGUGAAAAGGGCACAAUUAACCGCAUUAUUGCUACUUUUAUAAAUGGGAUUUUUCGUGGUGUAAAGUCACGCGUAUCUGAUUCUAACUGCCUAAUCCUGAUGGAGUUUUGAGACUUACGGUGGACCAAACCAAAAGAUAUUUCAGCCUCACACUGUGAUGUUAGUAGUUUUAAAUACAUGGUCUGUUUUUUUCUGCAGAGAAUAGAAGCAGAAAUUCAACGAUUCGUUGUUUUAAACAAUGUUUUAAACAAGGAUUGCAAAAUCCUUUUUUUUUUUUUUUUUUGCAUAUCUAAGCAGUAUCUUGCACUGUUGUAUCUCUCUGGGCAUGGUUUAAUCUUUGUACCAUCAUUCAGGGUAUUGCUUGGUGCUCUAAAUGUAUUUUAUUAUGGAAUGAUGUCAAUCAGUUUGAUAAUGUAUUUUUUUCCUCAGGCCUUGACGUGGAGGCAAUAAACUUGUCUGGAAAAAACCAGACCCAAAUCUC